AUGUUUGGCCAACGACAAACCCGUCAACGACGAAAAAGCCCCACACCACCUCCUAUGACUCGCGAUGAAGCUCUGCGUAUCAGUCAAGGCCUUGGUCUCCUCGAGCGUUCACAGCCUCCAGCCCCCCUCCUCUCUGAGACAGACGACGAUGCAGACAACAAUAAUGAGUGGGAAGACAUACCUGAAGUACCUUGUACCCACGAAGAAAUCAGGCCGGACUCACCAGGCGAUCAAUAUGCAAAACAUCAGAGAUCUCUUCGACGUGCUGAAGCCCGAGCUAGGAAUCAAAGCAAGUGGAUGGCCCUUGAAGCUCAACUUACUGCCACAUAUCUUCACCUCCAGUCCUUCACGCAGAAUUGGACCAAGCAAAACUCGUAUCUGACCAAUGAGAUUAAAUGCCAGUGUCCACCUGAAAAAUUCCGACGACGUUGUGUUGACUUUGUUGACAUUCUUAGUCAUGCCAGAAAACGUCGGGUCACAUUUUGCGACUGUGUACCAGACGUUAUCCGUCUGCUUCAUCUCGGUUAUAUCGCUGGAUCUCCCCAUUUCCCUCGCACCGCCUUCUCUAUCCGGCUUCUCCAGUUUCAACAUCACCUCUGGAACCACACUUCAAUAUCAAUUUCCGGAUUUAUCGACGCACUCAUGUCAUUUCUCGAUGUACAGUGCCCAUCUAGAUUGACACCUCAACAAAUCAAGGGCAAUUACAAGAAGAACACCGAUGCUCAAGCAAAGGACAUCAAGCUUCGAGAACUCUACCCUGACAAGUUUAUAGGUGUACUAUAUGACAUUGGCUGCCACUUAGGCGCGCAUAUCGCAAAACGACUGUGGCUUCAAAACCGAUACCAAAAUGCAGUGAAGGUUUUGAGCGAAGCUCAAUCUGCACUAACUAUCCUAUAUGGAACGACCAAUCCAGCUGCACCUGGCCAAAACUAUUCAGCCGAAUUUUUUCGUGGGCAAUGGACUUUGGAGCGAGAAGCAUAUUCCAGUAAAGAAGCAAUCUUACAGAGGCAGAAGUUGGAGCUUGGUCGACUGCUAUCCUUAAAAGAAGAGCUAGAUACUGCAUGGUAA